GUACCAACAUUUUACUUAAAUGUCUUCCUUCCCUUAGAGAGAGAGAGGAAAAACAAAAGCAAGAGAGAAGUCUUCAUUGCUUGUGUAUUAUAUACCUUCACAGUACGUGAACCUCAGAUACACAGAGAGAGAGAGAGAGGGUAGAGUGUAUUUUGAGAACUUGCCAAGAUAUGGGCGAAGAGAAGAAAGAGGAAGAAAAGAAGGAGGAAAAGAAAAAUGAGGAAGGUGGGACAGAAGAAAAGAAGGAUGAAGCAAAGAAAGAGGAGGAGCCACAAGAGAUCGUGCUCAAGGUUGAUAUGCAUUGUGAAGCUUGUGCCAGAAAAGUUGCGAGAGCAUUGAAAGGAUUUCAAGGAGUGGAGGAUGUAACGGCGGAUUGUAAGGCGAGUAAGGUGGUAGUGAAAGGAAAGACAGCAGACCCUAUAAAGGUGUGCGAGAGGAUUCAAAAGAAAAGCGGUCGAUCGGUGGAAUUGAUUUCACCUUUACCAAAGCCACCUGAGGAAAUUAAGGAGGAAAAGAAAGAAGAACCCAAAGAAGAAAAGAAAGAUGAGCCUCCUCCAGUUAUAACAGUUACACUGAAAGUUGGAAUGCACUGUGACGCAUGUGCUCAAGUAAUACAAAAGCGAAUCAGAAAGAUCCAAGGUGUAGAAUCGGUGACAACAGACCUAGCAAACGAUCAAGUAAUUGUAAAGGGUGUUAUUGAUGCUACUAAACUGGUCAAUGAUGUGUACAAGAAAACCCGGAGGCAUGUUUCCAUUGUGAAGGAUGAGGAAAAGAAAGAAGAAGAAAAGAAAGAAGAGGAAAAGAAGGAAGAGAAAGAAGGAGAAAAGAAAGAUGGCGAAGAAAGCAAGGGAGAAGAUGGCGAUAAGAGUGAUAUCAAGAGAAGCGAAUAUUGGCCUACAAAGUACCACAUGGAGUAUGCUUAUCCCCCUCAAAUUUUCAGUGAUGAAAACCCUCAUGCUUGCUCUGUCAUGUAACUUAAUUAUCACUUUAAACCAUUUCCGAAGUAUAUUAGACUUUUUAUCUAUGCAAUUUUCCAUGUACUUAAAUAUAUGGUAGUAAUAAGCUAUCGAUCCUCAAUUGAGGAUUAAUGGCAUGCCAUGUCUUUUUAAAUUAUUCAAUGUCAUGCUUCUUGAAA